AUGGGAGUGCUGAGCGCGGACCUGCGGGUCACCCUGCAGAUUCUGCCAGGCUUCUUCUCCAACUGUCUCUUCUUCGUGCUCUACGACUCGGUGGUGCUCGUGAAGCGCGUCGUGUCGCUCGUGAGUCUCUCGUGCGGCGGCGGCGGCGGCGCUUGGCAGCAGCGCAUGCUCACCUCGGCCGGCGUGCGCUCCAUCUGGAACAGCUUUCUGCUGGACGCCUAUAAGCAGGUGAAACUGGGUGAAGCAGCUCCCAACUCUAAAGUGGUGAAGGUUCCUGGGAUCUCCGGCUGCCACUGGAGCAGAACGGAUGGAAAAAGGACAGACGAGUGUCGCCUGCUGGACUUUGAAGCGUCCGAUCGGCCCUUGGUGGUCAACUUCGGCUCGGCCAGCUGACCCCCAUUUGUGAACCAGCUCCCGGUCUUCCGGAGGCUGGUGGAAAACUUCUCGGACGUGGCGGACUUCCUGCUUGUCUACAUCGAAGAGGCUCAUCCGUCUGACGGAUGGGCGGGACCGCCCAUGGAACUGUUCCCGUUCGAGGUGAGGAAACACCGCAGCUUGGAGGAGCGCGUGGUGGCGGCACAGAGGCUCGUCGAGCAUUUCGCUCUGCCGCCACAGUGCCGGCUGGCGGCCGACUGCAUGGACAACAAUGCCAACGUGGCGUACGGCGUCGCCUACGAAAGGGUGUGCAUCGUACAGAAGAAUAAAAUCAGUUAUCUGGGAGGGAAGGGUCCGUUUUAUUACAACAUUAAAGACGUACAGAAGUGGCUCGAACACAGCUAUGGGAAGCGGUAAUCUUUCACGCAUGAUGGAAUAGUUAAUUUUUUUAAUAAAGGACAAAAAAGAUGACGCCUACCGCUAAAGCUCUACAGGCUCCAGUGGCGACGUGAACUCUCUCUGGAAGUCGCCUGAAUUCUCUGAAGAUCGUCAGGAGAGUUUUCUGAGUGGAAUCCCAACGUUCCUGAGUUAUUUCUCUAAACAGUGACGGCAGUCACUAAACAAGAGACUAAACCGAGCAUUGCACUUCGACUUUUAUACUUUGAUAGGAUGAAAAAAAAACCCUGUGUAUGCACUAUAAACACCUAUAAACACUGCGCAUUAACAGUAGUAUUAUUAAAGCUAAAUAACAUGCAUCGCUUUGCAGAACCAAACUGCCGAAUCGUGGUAUCAAGCACAAGCUCACGGCUUUUAAUAUACGGAAGAAAUAUAAUUUAUUUUUGUUGAUGUUUGUGUUUGUUGUUUUAAAUGUUUACGUCGAGUUUUGUUUGAAGUAGACAAUCAUGCGUAGUUUCUUCAUCAGUUUUAUUUGUGCUUGUUAACACUUUAUCACAGGAUAAAUCACAUCUGCCCCAGGGGAAAAAAGUCAUUAAUGGAAGUCUUGGCAAACACCCAAAUAUGAAAAUUAUAUAUAUAUAUAUAUAUAUAUAUAUAUAUAUAUAUAUAUAUAUAUAUAUAUAUAUAUAUAUAUAUAUACACACACACACAAUCAUGUAUUUCUGGAAAUACAGUUUCUAUGAAGGCAACAGAUACAUAACAUACUUUAAACCCAUUCAUAAGGCAUUAUAAUACAUUCGUUAAGUACACUUUACACACUAUACAGUCAUCUCUCUUAUGCUUUAAAGAGGGCGACUCGUAACACGAAGCAAAACGGUUUCACUUGGUUCUUCAGACUUUAUUACUUAAAGUCUGCUUAUAAUAAUUAGGUUGCUAGUAUUACUCAGUCUGCUAACAAUACUCUCAGUCUUCUAGCAAUACUCUCUGUCUGAUAGUAAUACUCUCUGUCUGCUAACAAUACUUGCUAACAAUACUCUCUGUCUGCUUGUAUUACUCUCAGUCUGCUAGCAAUACCCUCAGUCUGCUAGCAAUACUCUGUCUGCUAGCAAUACUCUGUCUGCUAGCAAUACUUUCAGUCUGCUAGCAAUACUCUGUCUGCUAGCAAUACUCUCAGUCUGCUAGCAAUACUCUCAGUCUGCUAACAAUACUCUGUCUGUUAGCAAUACUCUGUCUGCUAGUAAUACUCUGUCUGCUAGCAAUACUCUCAGUCUGCUAGCAAUACUCUGUCUGCUAGCAAUACUCUGUCUGCUAGCAAUACUUUCAGUCUGCUAGCAAUACUCUGUCUGCUAGCAAUACUCUCUGUCUGCUAACAAUACUCUGUCUGCUAGCAAUACUCUCAGUCUGCUAGCAAUACUCUCAGUCUGCUAACAAUACUCUCAGUCUGCUAACAAUACUCUCUGUCUGCUAACAAUACUCUCAGUCUGCUAACAAUACUAUCAGUCUGCUAACAAUACUCUCUGUCUGUUAGCAAUACUCUGUCUGCUAGUAAUACUCUCUGUCUGCUAGUAAUUCUGUCUGCUAGCAAUACUCCCAGUCUGUUAGCAAUACUCUCAGUCUGCUAGCAAUACUCUCAGUCUGCUAACAAUACUCUCAGUCUGCUAGCAAUACUCUCAGUCUGCUAGCAAUACUCUCUGUCUGCUAGCAAUACUCUCAGUCUGCUAACAAUACUCUCAGUCUGCUAGCAAUACUCUCAGUCUGCUAGCAAUACUCUCAGUCUGCUAGCAAUACUCUCAGUCUGCUAACAUUACUCUCAGUCUGCUAGCAAUACUCUCUGUCUGCUAGCAAUACUCCCAGUCUGCUAACAAUACUCUGUCUGCUAGUAAUACUCUCUGUCUGCUAGCAAUACUGUCUGCUAGCAAUACUCUCAGUCUGCUAACAUUACUCUCAGUCUGCUAACAUUACUCUCAGUCUGCUAACAUUACUCUCAGUCUGCUAACAGAACUGUUCUGAAAGUCGACUGUUUUCUAAAGAUUAGCAGUAUGUCAGAAUUCAUCUGUCAGUAUUUUACACUCAGUAAUAAUUUCUAAGCUAACAUCAUUAUUUCAUCCCUUAUUAACUGCAAGUAGCUACAUUUAAAACUGUUUUAAAAGAUAAAAUACAUCUCAAAGCUUAGCGAAGGUUGUUAUAAUCUGCCAUUCAUAGAGAUUCUCAUAAAUAUUCAGUAAAAACAUGUCAAAUUAUUUAUAAAUAUAUUACAGUGUGUCACGAAUGAAUUUAUGGCCUUCACAGUGAAUGUAACAUAGUUUUUUUUUAUUUGUUUUGUUAUAGAUGUCAUUUUCUUGACGAUCCUCUAAAAAGGCACUAAUUUAAAAAAGGGAUUUUUUUUGUGUAUUGUAUGUUUUGUUUUGGUGAAAGAAAAGAAAAUUGGUUUAUUUGAUUUAAAACAGAAUUUACCUCACGGGUUUGCUUAAACAUUGCAUUUUGAAGGUAAUUAUUUAUAACACACACACACACACACACACACACACACACACACACACACACACACAAACACACACACACCUCUACAGAUGUUCAUUUGUGUGUCAAAGACAAACAGGUGUGUGAAUGAAGGCCACUGACGAAAGGAUCACGCGAUCCUGUCUGUGGUUGGAUGAACCUUCACACCUCUUUGUCCGGAUCUGAACUGAACGUUCCUGUAGAUGCUCCAGAUUCAGCUUUCCAGCGUAUCUCCUACACCUCGUGUUUUUCCCCCCCGCGACACGUGCUGUGCGACCGGCUGCUUUCUUGCAAGUAAACACAAAUAAAGCUCAAACUUUUGCUCCUGA